AUCUGCUACUUGUUGCUGCAAUCACAGAAAGGAAAGUUACGAUAACAUUCAAUGAUGUCAUCGGGUGUUUAAACAUAUAUAAAUGAAAAUGUAAGACCGAGAGCAGUAGUAUUUCUUUGCGAGUACAAUGAAGGCUGCUCUGUUGUUUGUUGUUGCACUGGUCGCAGUUGCGGUGGUGCACGGACAACCAGAAGAGUCGACCAAUGCCACCAUCCAGGGUGCGGAAGAGCCGUCCGCCACCUUCUCGGCUGGGGUGAGACUGUCGGCGCCGUCGUACGCGGAAGAAGACGAGGAUACCAUUUGUGUCCAGGCAGACAACAAGUUCUACUUGUAUGCUAAUUCACUGAAGCUGUAUUCUUGCUACAACCUGCUACCGAAGGUUUACGUGGUGAAACCAAAGAGUCUAUGCAAACCAACCCUGUCAGAUUGUCCCAAGAACUAGGAGUAUUGGAAGCCUGCUGGGUCAUCUUGAAGAGACUGACUCGUCUGCGAGUGACUGACGACCAGAUGGCUGGCCUGCUCACUGAAGAAUCUACAAUAUUCAGAGAAAGCAAGAAAUCUCAAUUGCGACAGAACUUACCACUUUUUCUAGCAACAAGAACUGGAGGAAUCGACUAAUCCUCUUUCAUCAUAGUUUCUGAUUGCUUCACGACAUGCAGUAAAUCACACCAGAUUGCUUCACGACAUGCAAUAAGUCACACCAGCAUUACAUUUAGGCGAGAAACUGACGGCAAAAACUUGUGUUUAAAAACAUGGUCUUCCCUGUUUUUUAUCUUUCUGUUGGCCUUGUAAUAGUUUUAUACUGACGCAAUAAAACUGUAUUUUCAA